AGAUAUAUAUCUGUAUUUGUCUGUAUUGUUAGAUUGUUUGUAAUAUUUGUAAUAAUUGUGAGGAUUAUAAAUACUAGUUAAAAGACAAUUGUAGGUCUCGUGUGGAUCCCUUCUCAUCAACCAACUCGGAGAGAGGUUUUUCUGACCUCGACACUGGCUAUCAAGAUUCCAUCAGUGUCUAAUUGGACAUUCCUUUGGACACUGCAACAUUGCAUUAAUUAUCCCCACACUAUUUAAGUGCCAGACUGUCAGCUGUCUAACCCAUUUAAAACUGCACAGCCAGUCAUCCAUCAGUCACAGUAGAGAGAUGGUAUAUGCUUCUUUCACCAUUAUCUUUAUGCUGUUUGAUCACUGAUUGAAACUUGAUCCAUUACCCUGAUAAAGUAACAUCAUGUGCAAGCUGACUUUAACAGCAGGUCUCUGUUUGAUCAUUGCCAGUUUGGCCUCUUCCUCCAGGCUGGUGUGUUACUAUAACAGCUUGGCUGAAAAUAGAGCAGAGGACGGGAGGUUUACUGUGUCAGAUAUCGAUCCAAACCAGUGCACCCAUCUGAUCUAUGCCUUUUCUGACAUUAACAACCAACAUCAGCUGGUCCCCAGCAGUGAAACUGACAUACAACGCUAUCAGUCCUUUACUGGACUCAAAACCAGAAAUCCACUGCUCAAAACCCUGUUGGCGGUUGGUGGCUUGACAUUUGACACAACAAAAUUCCGUACAAUGGUUGCAGCACAACAAAAAAGAGCAAACUUCAUCCUGUCUGCUAUCACACUAAUGAGAACAUUUGGGUUUGAUGGGCUAAACCUUGACUGGAGGUACCCCAGAGGAGCUAGAAGCCAACCACGGGAUAAGCAGAGAUUUACACAACUGUGCAAGGAGCUCAAAGAGGCCUUUGUGGCUGAGGGAACAGCAACUAACCGUGACAGAUUAAUCGUCACUGCUAGUGUCUCUGCUGAGAGAGCAACCAUCGAUGCCAGUUAUGAAGUCGCACAGAUUGCCACGUACCUGGAUUUCAUUAAUGUGCUGACAUUUGACUUUCACGGCCCCUGGGAAAGUGUCACAGGACAUCACAGCCCCUUAUACAGAGGAUCCCGAGACACUGGAGACAAAAUCUACUCUAACACUGACUCUGCCAUGAAGUAUUGGCGGGACAAGGGGGCACCUUCACAAAAGCUAAACCUGGGGUUAGCGGCAUAUGGGAGAGUUUUUACCCUCUCCUCUGCAUUCAGCAAUGUUGGAGCACCAGCCAGUGGUCCUGGUAAAGAAGGUCACUUCACCGGUGAAGAAGGAUUCUGGGCUUCAUAUGAGACUUGCCUUUAUGUUAGAAAGAGUACAAUCCAUCUGAUACCUGAUCAGAGAGUUCCAUAUGCAAAAACAAAAGAUCAGUGGGUUGGAUUUGACAACAACACCAGCCUUGAUAUUAAGGUCAGUUACCUAAAAAACAACAACUUUGGAGGGGCCUUUGUCUGGUCUCUGGACCUGGAUGACUUUAACGGACAGUUCUGUAAACAGGGCAACUACCCCUUCAUCAGCAACCUGCAUAAACUCCUGGUUCCAGAUUUUCCUGGCCUUACCACUCCAACUCCCACAACCACAACCCCAACAACACCCACUAAAGUAUCCACUGGAAACCCCUGUGAUGGAAAGAGCGAUGGGGUUUACACCAACCCUGAUGACCCAAAUUCUUUUUACAACUGUGCCGGUCAGAUAACCUACAUCCAAAAAUGCCAACCAGGUUUGAUCUUUAAACAAAGCUGCAAAUGCUGCGACUGGCCUACCACAACAACACCCACUAAAGUACCCACUGGAAACCCCUGUGAUGGAAAGAGCGAUGGGGUUUACACCAACCCUGAUGACCCAAAUUCUUUUUACAACUGUGCCGGUCAGAUAACCUACAUCCAAAAAUGCCAACCAGGUUUGAUCUUUAAACAAAGCUGCAAAUGCUGCGACUGGCCCUAAAGAGUUGCACAUGAAUCAUUUUACUCUCCAUAAGUGGUAAUAUUUAAUCUUAUCAACAAAAGGGGGCUAGUGUCAAAAGCUGUCAUAUGUAUAAUUUUUUCAGAUUUUUCACUGUUGGGUUAUAUGUGGAAACAAUUCUUAAUAAUGGUUAUGGUUGCUUCUUUUUAGGCCUCACUAAUCUACACUUCCCAUCCAUGUCUGUCAUUAUAUUUUUGGACUGCCAUCACUUAAAUUGACAUGCCCUACUUAAUCAUAUGCUUGUUGCAUACAUAUAUCAUUGUUGGUGUAUCUAACUCUAUUGUAUGGGUGUGUUCUUGUUGGUUUAUAUUUAGUCAUUGCCUGAUUGGAUUUGUCUUACAUAAUGACACUGCUGUUGCAUAUUGCAUAUAUUUAUGAAAUGUAAGUCUAAAUGUAAUGUAGUGUAAUAUUACUAAAUCAAUAAAUGAAUAAUGAUGAAAUACCACAAGUUUCCAAGACAACGCAA